GCACCAUCAUACUGCUUCCUGAAAGUGCUGGGACUAUUCCGCAUAAACUGGCAUUUUCUAAUUGAUUGAUCGAACCAGCCAUGUCGAAGAACACAGUGUCUGAUCGAUUCAGAAAGGUUGAUAUAGAUGAGUACGACGAAAACAAGUUCGUCGACGAGGAGGACGGGGGAGAAAAUCAAAUAGGUCCGGAUGAGGCUGAGGUGGAUUCUCUCAUCAGAUCAUAUCCUUUCAUGCCUGAUACAGGUAACUUGAUGGGGGCUUUGCAGGCAGUACUGAAGAAUCCACCCAUCAAUACAAAGAACCAGAAUGUGAAGGACCGGGCUGAAGGCCUCGUGCUGAAAGUGCUCAGCUCUUUCAAGGCUAGCGAUAUAGAAAAGGCUGUUCAGUCUCUGGAUAAGACUGGAGUCGAUCUGCUCAUGAAGUACAUCUACAAGGGCUUUGAAAAACCCUCUGACAACAGUAGUGCCAUCCUACUUCAGUGGCAUGAAAAGGCUCUCUCAGCAGGUGGAGUGGGCUCUAUCGUCAGAGUGCUCACGGCCAGGAAGACCGUGUAAUGUUCAGCACCUCAGCGCCGUGGCAGGGUUGGUGGAGGUACUGGCUGGCACAAGCCCUCGUGGUCUGGUUUCUGCCCACUCUGCCAAACUGUGGAGGAUGUCCAGUCACUCACCUCUCACUUUUU